AUGCCAACGCCCUAUUUUGGCCCUGGCCCCUCCCUUACCCCAGAAAAGGGCGAGGGCAACGAGAGGAGGAGCCGCCGCCGCUCAAACACAGCCCCCACUGGCCUAAAUAUCGAGUCGGCACCCGCGGCAGCAGCUAAUACGAGAUCCCGGUUGGUGGUUCCGGUGCGCAACCCCGCCAUCGGCCGACUAGGUAUUGUUCCGCACCCCAACACAUCCACCGCCUAA